CCUGUGAAACAAACUUAUGUAAAUGAAAUUUAUGAUGCAGCGGCUAUACAGUGUUUGAAGCGGAAGAGACUCUUUGAACAGCAAAUUGAGCAGCUUGGAAAUUUCCAACUACGCGUCCAUGAUCAGAUGAUAAUGUUAGAAGGUGCCAAAGCAACUACUGAAACAGUGGACGCUUUGAGAAGUGGAGCGUCUGCGAUGAAAUCAAUGCAGAAAGCAACGAACAUUGAUGAUGUGGACAAGACAAUGGACGAGAUAAAUGAACAAACAGAGAAUAUGAAGCAGAUACAGGAAGCCUUGGCUACGCCCAUUAGUGCAGCAACUGAUUUUGAUGAGGACGAAUUGGAGGCUGAGCUUGAAGAAUUGGAAGGUGCAGAGUUGGAGGAACAACUUCUUCAGCCUACAACCACGGCCCCUGCUGCUCCGGUUCAGGUCCCAGCAGGCAGAGUACCUACUCGCCCUGCUCCUCAGAAACAUACAGAGGAAGACGAACUUGCUGCUUUGCAAGCUGAGAUGGCACUCUAAGCAAGUCAAAUUCCCUGGUUUAACUGGUAAUGUUGGAGGAGAUCAUGAUAUUGUAUUUAGAGUGGAGAAUCAUUUGGCUUGCUGUUUUCGGAUUUGCAGGUUCAGCACUCCAUGCAUAUAAAGGUGUGGUACAAUUAGAAUGUUUCUUUAGACAUUGUAAUCUAUUGUUACGUUUAUAAGAAAAUUUCACAGAAUUUAAGGGACUGUAUCAUCAUGGGGUAUAAAUAAUCUUCUACAUCCUCAAACAAAUAAUACCGUGUACAAAACUGGAAUAGCAAUGGAAUAAGAUUUGUUCUCAUACAAUGAAACAUACAAAAGAGAACUGCAGAGGCUAUGGAAAUUGAACUCAA